GGCGGGGCGGGGCGGAGGAGGCCGGAGCCCGGAGCCCGUGGCCGCCGCGAGGCUGCCGGAGCCGGUGGGCCCGGGCCAUGGAGUACCGCGCAAGGGGCAGCUCCCUGCUGGACGAGAUCAGCUUCUGGGCUGAUCGAACGCCAGUUCAUGAAGCAGCCAGGCAGGGAGAGAUCCUGCAGCUGCAGCAGCUGAUAGAGAGCGGCGCCUGCGUCAACGCCGUCACCUAUGACUCUAUCACCCCGUUGCACGAGGCGAGCCUGCGAGGACAAACGCAGUGUGUCAAGCUCCUGCUGGCUGCAGGGGCCCAGGUGGAUGCCAGGAAUAUCGACGGCAGCACCCCGCUCUGCGACGCCUGUGCCUCGGGUAGCAUAGAGUGUGUGAAAUUGCUGCUGUCCCAUGGUGCCAAGGUGAACCCUCCCCUUUACACAGCGUCUCCUCUCCACGAAGCCUGCAUGAAUGGUAGCUCAGAGUGCGUGCAACUCCUCAUUGACGUCGGUGCAAACUUGGAGGCUCACGACUGCCAUUUCGGGACGCCCCUACAUGUGGCCUGUGCCAGGGAGCAUCUGGACUGUGCAAAGUUGCUGCUCAAGGCAGGGGCAAAUGUGAACGCAGCUAAACUUCACGAGACAGCCCUCCACCACGCAGCAAAAGUGAAAAACGUGGAUCUGGUGGAGAUGCUGAUUGAAUUCGGAGGAAACGUUUACGCAAGGGACAACCGAGGAAAGAAGCCGUCGGAUUACACCUGGAGCAGCAGUCCCACGGCAAAGUGCUUUGAGUACUAUGAAAAAACGCCUCUGAGUUUGUCGCAGCUUUGCAGAGUUACGGUGAGGAAAGCCGCCGGGCAGCGAGCGCUGGAGAAGAUUGCCAAGCUAAAUAUUCCUCCGCGAUUAAUCCAGUACCUGUCCUACAACUGACAGGGGCGAAGGUGGCCGGGAAGGACGAUAUCUCUAGCUCCUGCAGUAUGAAGUAUCUGUCUCUUUCUCUUCUACCUCCCCACAAAAGACUAAUUUUAAUUUAAGCAAACCGGUGUAAAUAGUAUUUAUGAGGCAGCACUUCCUCUUCUCCCUGGGCAAAGGCAGGCUCAGGCAACAUGUAGCACUGGCUUAAAGUUGUAACCUCUCCUGGGGGGAUCGGUUAGACUGUCGCUAUGUUUGAAGCUGUAGCGCUCGCUCUUUGAGCGGGAUUAAUCUUGCCUAAUUUUACCUGUCUCUAGCCUAACGGCGUCUCCAUAUGAUCUAGCCAGGCUCCCUUUGCAGUCAGUGGAUAGAAAUAGAUACUUCUGGAGCAUGAUUCAUCUGUCCUGUUUUAGACACCCGUGCUGGGAUGAUAACAGUAUGCCUCGGGAGCACCUGCCCCCACUGACUGCAAAGGGAUUUAGAGGAGAUACCCUCGGAUACAGACAUCUGUGUUUCUGCAGCGGGAGCACUGGAUCCCACCUCUGUGUUAAUAACUCAAAUGACAACUGCCUAAUGCCAAGGGACAAGGCUCAAGAGACCUGGGCAUUCUAGCUGGAGGCAAAAUAAGUCCCCAGCAAGCUCAGGACUAAUCAGAGGCACUGCAACCGGUUACUGACUUGCCAUGAGCUUCAGGGGGCUUUGGCUCAGCACCAGCAGUGAGGACAAACUGCUGCCAGAUCAGGGUUGACUUUGCCCAUCCUCGCUGAAGGUGAGCCAGCUCUUACUGUAGAGUUCCUCUAGGGUAUCACCACAUCUAAUUUUCAAGCCCAAGCAGGAAGCAGGUCUCUCUGCACGUCCAAGGAUGCUUUCCUCCAGACGGCUGGUCCCAAAGAAUAUUUCUCUGCUUGCUCUGAGCCACCGCGGCCACUCUGUUGGUUUUAUAUGCAAUAAAUGGCAGAGCUGCUGCCUGGUGGUGCCUGAAGUGCGGCGAGGACACGUCCCUCGUGCAGGGGUGCCGCAGAUCCCCGGGGCGUAUACCCACAUGUGAAAGGCAAUAGGAGGGCUGGGCUCUGCCUUGGAUUUUGAGAUUUUUAUGUUUGUUUUUCCCUCUCUGAGUUUCUCUCUCAGUGCUGGAGCCUCUCCAGAGGUUGGCAGCGGGAGCCAGCCCUGAGCCUUGUGCUGCUGAGCGUUGCGCUCGAAUCCGUUGGCUUCAGCAGGCGCGACUGCAGCUUUGCCCUUCGGUGAUUUAAACCUUCAGGGUGCCAUUUGUAUGAGCAGAGCCAAAAUUGUCAUCUACCUUCCAGAUGAGACGUUACGCGUUGUCUGAAGGCAGUAACCUACAGGAUAUGUGGUACUAAGGGAAUGGAACUCCCUCAUGCCCUCAUGGCAAGUCUUAGCACUGUGAUGAGAGCAAAUUCCUCUGAACGGCAGCAAACGUGCACUGUCUAACGUGGCAUCAAGCUAAGUCAGGGCUCUCAAUGUCCUUCGUGCCGUGAACUAGCACUUGAGAGCAAAUGGUUGCUUGCCUGCAAGAUCUCGUGCUCUCCCAGCCAGCACGAUGGAGCUCAGCCUCGGCAGGGAGGGGGAAAACAGCAUAAGCGCAGGCUUAAAGAGCUGAGGUGGAACUGAACACACUUUGAUGGUGACCAGCAAAUCGCUUUGGUUUUGAAUUUUUGCUUAGGUUCAUUCCCCCCGCACCCCUUUGUUGUUUUGGGUUUGUUUUUUCCUUCCGUGUGGUAUCAUAUAGAGCAGGACAGAAAAACAUUUGAGAUCCUGCUCUUUGGGGAUUGUCUGUUUAUAAUUGUGAUUUUUCUGUUUGAAGUCUGAGAAAUGUGAAACUGCCAAGAAGCUCAGGGAAGCCCUAGAGAUGUUGUUUUGUGGGAUUCAUCCCUGUGAUCGAUAGAAUAAAGUUUUUGUAUUGUAUCUUUCAAGAAAAGCUUCCUCUGCCCAACAUGCAUGUCCUUGCAGAUAAAUACGUGUUAGGAAAGUUGCACCUCUUGGUUCUGGGGUGAAAACCUUCCCCCUUGGUUCAAAUUCAAAUCCCUUGUUAGGUUGUUUUUUUAGCAUUGCCUAAGCAAUGUAAAAACAAAAGACUCCUCCAACAACUGAGAAUAAACUUACAAGUUCCUAUUUAUGUAAUCUUUUUUUUUUUUUUUUCCUCUCUUUUAAGUCAUCUCUCUGGAAGGUUCUUAAAUUAGCUUUUUUUUUUUUAAUAUCUCUUUUAAGAGGUCCUCCUGAUCCAUGGACGCAUCCAGAAAGGACUUACCGAGAGAGCUGAGCCCCUCUUAUUUGGUGGCGCUAGCCAGACUCAUUCAGUAGCAGUUUUCUUAAGACAUCUGCUUCUUAUGGCCACGUCUGGAGGAAGAGAUGUUCCCAGAAGGUCCUCUGAGAGCCAGCGAGCUAGAAAACAUCACCCGAGUCGUUCCCCGGUGUGCCGUGGUGCUGAGGCAGGCGGCUGGGUCAUGCCAUGGCGGUUUAUGCCCCGAUGGGGGUUUACUUGUGCGUUUCUGGGUUUCUAAACUGCAAGUGAAAACUGAGAUUCUUUUUAAUCUUUUAUCCAACUUGGACUUGAUGAUCUUAAAGGUCUUUUCUGACCUCAACGAUUCUAUGGUUCUAUCAACAGCUUGUCUAGUCCUCAGUUCUUUUAAUUCUGCAGGGAUUUUUCAGCUGGUUGUGAAGCAUCUUCUGAGCUAUUGCGUUUUACAGCUCAGAGUAAAGGCAAAGUAAGUGCCGGAUUAAACCAAUGCGAUCUUUUGGCUUCCCUUGAUAUCUCAGACUGCAAUUUUUGUGGCAGUUAGCAGUUACUGCAGGAGUAGCGGCAUCAUCCUUGCCGCAGGUAUAGUCUGGAUAGCUGAGAAUCACUGUAGCCGCCCAAACUAAGAGGAAAAUGAGCAGCUGUGGAGAUAAUGUUGCCCUGACAGGGGUUGGGGGCUAUGCUGGGGGUCAAUUUUGGAUUUCAGUUUCCUCUCUUAGUGAAUUGCUGAGGGUACCUCCAGUUAGUAAUACAAGAGGCCACAGUGGGUCACUGGGGAGCCAUCCCCAGCACUCUGCUUCUGCAAACCAUCGUACUCUGUCGCCCUGCUUGACAUGAGCCACAGAAAUGGUCAGCUCAUGAUUCCCCACAAGACAUCCCAGAGGCCGUGGACGCGCUGUUCUGUAGCCCUUUAAGCCGUACCCGUCUCUCGUUGCACCAUUGCAUCACAGGUACGGGUUGGGACAGGCGGUUGUGGCUGCUCCCAAGAGAUUCCUCUUCCAGUUAUUUUUGCACUGGUUGUGUUUUGUUUCUUAUGGGUAUAAGAAAGAAGGUCUCAAGAGGACCUUAUCUUCUGGAAGUUUUAUCACCCAAUUUACGCUUAGUUUAUAGGGACUGGGUGCCUUUGUUUCAGUGGCAGCUGAAAGACCCGUGGGUUUGCAGAGUUUGGGGAUUGUUGGGUAUGAAGGAGAGUCUCUAAAUCCCAGGUAUUAAGUGAAACUCCUCAGUUGACUCUGCUGGGGUUACACCCUUUGCUUUAUUCAUAUGUCAGGUUCUGGCUAUUAUUUCACUCCUUUCACCCUUUAAUCCAAAUGUCAAAUGAGGGCAUGAAUCCAGUGCAAACAAACCCAAACGCACCAGGCCGGUCCUGCUUUCAUCCGUCCCCUUCCCGGGCUCCCCAAACUGCAAACCCAGCUGAGCAUUUUGGGCCACCUCCCCUCUCCUGUGGGUUUCUCCACCAGCUUUGCUACAGCAGCACGGGGAGCGGUCUGAAAUAACCCUGCUGCUUCAGGGAAGCCCAGGUGAGAACAGGGCUUUGCUUUCAUCCGUGAAAAUCAUCUUUUGGACAGUCAGCCUUGCUCCUGGGUGCUGCCAGUUGCUGCUGGCCGGGCUUCUUAAGGUCAGCUCACAAGCGGGGAGCUUGAUUGUAGCAGCUUUUCUCCGACUAUGUGAAGUUUGUCCAGAAAAAACAAGGUGUGACUGAAGCCAAUGCCUUGGAAGAAGGCCUCGAGGUGCUGAAGAAUUAACUCCUUGUAACGCCAGCAAAUGUUGCUUUCCCCGGACGAGGCGGAGAGGAGCCACCCUUCCCCUCCGUGCAUGAGGGAACGAUUUAUGCCGUUGGUUGCAGCUCCCCAGGUCUCAGCGUGAAAAAACAGUGGCAAAGGGAGGACAUCAAACACCAACAGGGUUGGUGUUUUAAUUUUUUAAUAUCUUCAGGGGACUUCAUACAAGACAGCAAAGCCCAAGAGCUGCCCUAAGCUUUGCAUCAGCAAACAAAGACCUUGGUGUCCUCUGGAAAGUGGCACCUGAAGAUGAGUAAUGCAGUAGUUGCAUCACGUUUAGGGCAAGCAUGAGCAUGAAGUGUCUGUUCUACCUCUUGAUUUAAAAAAAAAAACAACAAACCUCCAAACGCUGAAGAUGUUGAGUAUUUACCUGAGCUUUUGCACACCCUGUUCAUCGCUUCCCUUCUCUCUUCAGGGGAACGAGCGAUCUUGCGGACGCUUGCAAGAAGAUGGCGCCUGUCCCGCACGCUUGAGCGGGAGCCGGUAUAAACCGAGUUGGGGGCGUCUCUGCUGACUCGCACUUGCUUGAGCUCCAGCCUUGGGCAGCUCGGAGGCUGGUGAACAUCCUGCUUCCUGGCCCGGCUGCGGCCGGAGCACCGGUUGUUUUGAAAUCAGGGUUUUUAAGGCCAAGGUUGUUAUUUUCAAACUGAAAGCCAGCACCUAAAUCCAUAGCAAGGUAGUGAAGCACGAGGGAGGAGAAAACCCUACUGAUAUCUUAGAGUCUCUGUAAACCACGACUACUUCUAGGUGGCACCUUUAGGUUUGCCUGUGCUGUUAGUCAACCCCAGGCUCUCUUUGCUGCAUGCCGCUGGGGACAAAAACCUCCUCUGUCCUGCAAAAAAAAAAAAACCCCAACCAACUCACUUUUUUACCCAACAGCGUAGAUACAGCUUGUGCUUUGGUAACUGCCCUAUAACUGUGAUACCCUGAUGCUUCUCUGGGUUUAGGCACUGAGACACCGGGCUCAGAAAGCGUUGACCUCUGUUUGGAAAGAGUACAGCACACUGCAAAGAUGCUAUUUGUAUUUAUACUUGAUUGUCUGAGUUUUAAUGGCUCCUAGCACACCGUGGCGGUAAGAUUUGGGCAGGUAAAAAUGUGCUGGAGUGUUAUUUGUGAUUAAAACUCUCUCUGAAAGGUUUCA